UACCACGUGGGUCUCCAAAAAUGCAAGCUGCGUCUCCUCCUGCUGGCUUUCUACCGCCCGCUGGUGUGUGCCCGCUUCUCCCGCCAGUUUAUCCGUUCCUUGUACCCCAGCCGCCCCCUCGGGGAAGCUUAUUUCCACACUUCCCACCUCGUUUUCCACCUCUUCCCCCUGUUAUACCCGGAGGUCCGUUUAUUCCGCCGCAGCAGUUCAUACCGAGGGGGCCAGGGGGGCCGAAUUUCUUUGUGCCCCCUCAGUUUUCACCUGACCCGCAUCACUGGGCACCUUACCCAAAACGACCCCCAAAAAAGGUGAGAAAAAAAUAUUUUGAUUUUCAGAUAACUUAUUGUGUAUUUGUAGCACACAAGGCACCACAGGAAACUUCCCAGAGAGAAUUACCAUUCUGGAACUAAUACGGGGCAGCCCCUGUUCGUCUGUAGUCCAUGCCACAAGGAGUACAAGUCGCAGCAAACCUACGACGUUCACCUAGCAACCCACGUCAAGUGUUCUAAGUGUGAUUUUGAAUGCAGCAAAGGAGCCAUGGAUGAUCAUGAACUUAUCCACUACUUGCCACCUGAACUAACCUUUACGAGCAAGGAAGACAUUGCGAAAUGGAGACAAGAAAGAAAAAGAAAUUUUCCGACUGCUGUGAAUGUGUUGCGAAAGAAGGAGCUGCAGGAAAAGAGGGAGCAGCAAGGAGAUGUUGCCGACACACCACUCUAUAGGUAUGUAAGUCGGGUGUGUGGAGGAAAUCAAGAGUUUUCCCGGCAAAGAGGCGGGAAACGCAACCACUGGGUGGUAGGCUCUAAUAAGAGGCACUCCCAUCAUGGGAGGGAGUGGGGGAGUGAAGAGGGAGAGAGGGGACGAGUGUCAUGGAAGAGGGGGAGGGGAGGGAGGAGGGGGAGAGGGGGGAGGAGAGACAGAACCAACCAUUCCAGAAAAGGUUUUGAAAAGUCUGAUGGGCGAGGUUUGAGAUACGUGCCAGCAAAGAAACCAACUCUACUUGAAAAAUUGCUGGUGAGGGAGAUCCGAGUGGAGCAGAAUGCGUUGCUCCAGUGUGUGAGACACAUUGUGAGCCGUAACUACUUCAGACCCAGUGGCAACAAACUGCUAGACAAGGGAGUCGAAGAAGAGAGAAAGGGAGAGGAGAGGGAGGGAGAGGAGAGGGAGGGAGAGGAGGAGAAGGAAUCUGGAGAAAGGAUGUCGAGACUAUCGCAGCAAGCUCUGAACAAACAACUGAACAUUAAUCAUUGUCUCUUUCAUAUACAUUAUGGUUAAAAUGAAUAAAUGAUCACAUGAUAGUCAUGAGGAGUUAAGUUCAGUGAUCCCUAGUGAUCGAGAUCCAUUGUAUAUACAAUGUAGACUCCUACAGGCAGCCAGCAGAGGCUGUGACAGUCACUAGGCUAAUUUUUUCUCAAGAUGAGGUAAUCACAGUAGUCAUGUGAGGAGUUUCGUUCUUUCACUGCUGUGUAGAAGAAGUCCUACUGGUAGCCAGACAGCCGCUUGGUCACGUGGUCUAGACUGAGACGAAGUGUGUCGAUAUUCUGGAGAAGACUCUGUAUCUCACUGCCGUGUUCUUUGGACGACUCCUCGGCCAACCUGUCCCCCAUUUCCUGGAGAGACAUCUGGGAGAGAGUGGAAGACACUAUUUGCUCUCUAAAUCCGGCUACUCUAUAAAUUGACUCGGGCUAUAUAG